UUCUAAGUGGAUCCUUAGCAACCCUACACAGAGUGAGGAGUGUGGUGUGUUAGAUUAGUGUUUACAAACACUGCGUUUAUAACAGUGAGGUCGUAUAAAAGGCAUUUUAAACCUGUACCCAUGUGCACAAAAAUGAGACCAUUAGACAUAACUAAGGACAGGGACGAACUGCAGAAAACCGAAGGAUUUACGGUGAAAUCAACAAUGAAGAAUUCAGUGGUGGUCGGACCCCCUGCGGCGGGAGCAUUCCGAGAGAGGCCGGCCAAACCCACAGCGUUCCGCAAGUUCUACGAGCGUGGAGACUUUCCUAUCGCGCUGGAACACGACCCAAAGGGCAACCGCAUCGCAUGGAAGGUGGAGAUUGAGAAGCUGGACUACCACCACUACCUGCCCCUGUUCUUCGACGGGCUGUGUGAGACGGUGCACCCCUACGAGUUCUUCGCCCGCCAGGGGGUCCACAACAUGCUGGAGCACGGGGGAACCAAGAUCCUCCCCGUCAUCCCACAGGUCAUCAUACCCAUCAAGAAUGCGCUGAACACUAGGAACCGGCAGGUGAUCUGCACCACGCUGAAGGUCCUGCAGCACCUGGUGGUGUCAGGAGACAUGGUGGGGGAGGCCCUGGUGCCCUACUACAGGCAGAUCCUGCCCAUCCUCAACAUCUUCAAGAACAUGAACAUUAACUCUGGCGACGGUAUCGACUACAGCCAGCAGAAGAGGCAGAACAUUGGUGAUCUGAUCCAGGAGACUCUGGAGGUGUUUGAGCGCUACGGCGGGGCGGACGCCUUCAUCAACAUCAAAUACAUGGUGCCCACCUACGAGUCCUGCCUGCUCAACUAGACUCCACACACUCCGACACCAUCCCCAUCACACACUCACACACACACACACAAACACAAUCACACACACAGACUGACCCACCACUGGAUUAUCGAUACCCCAUACCCACACACACUGAUCCACCCCAGUAUUCAACAACCCCCCCCCCCUUCUACCUACCCACUGAUACACCAAAGGACUAUAUUUCCCUAUACCUACCAACCAGCCCAGAACUCACACCCACACAUAAUCAUCCAUACACACCCAACCCCACCACCCACCCACCACCUGACCUCAAAUAGACCUAUACCGAGACUCCCCCUACACAUGCAGAGAACCGCACAGGGGCUUGUGAUUGAUUAAACCUUCUCUCGCUCAUGUUUGGUUUUUUCCCCUAUUUUAUUUCCCCCUUUUUGUACCAGCUAUUUGUUUGUGACAAAAAGAAAUCUAGUCGGAGUAAAGCAGAAAAGAUGCUGACCUUUCCUUA